AUAUCAGUGGCGCCAACUGUGAAGAUACAGUCACAACUUCACCUCCCCUAAUCUACCGGAUAAGGGAUGAAUGCAGGAACAGAAGGCAAUUAAUUUUCAAAAUUGACAAUUCAGUCAACAUCUUUUGCAGUAACCACACUUGUGUUUAAUGAUCAAGAAGUUAAAUGUAAUUAUGAUUCUCAUGUGAUUCCCCCCCCCAAAAAAAAAUCAAUUAUUUGUGUACGAAAUGGCUACUCAAAUGUCGGAAGCACCAACAGCAGCUAACAUCAACGUCAGUCUGCAAAUUUCUCUUCCUCAAAUGCUCGAUCUUGCUCUCGGAGCACCAGAAGUUGGCGCGGUUAAUUUUAAUAUUCUUCAUAAUUUCCUCCAUAUCUUGUUGCAUCAAAUAAAUUUGCAGACUACUAAAGUUGAAUUUCAUGGCGAAGACGCGGAUCGCAUUAAAAGAAUGUCAACAGCCAUGAAGCCGGAUGCUGCUCUUCAGCUUCAAGAGUAUGAUAUUACCGAUGCUACCGGCGAACAAUUGCAACAAAUUCCAAGAGACGGCGAUGUACUUACAACCGCUGAUGUAAAUACAGACGAAAAAAUUUUGGAAGUGAAAAAUAUGAAACAAGAAAUAAAUUCUGAGGGAGUCCCCGAAGCUCAGAGGGUCGUAUCGGUCGUGAAUAAUUCUCGUCCUACGGCAACGGCGUUCAAAGAGCUCGAACAAUCUGUAAAACAGCUGCAAGAACGGUAUCAAGCCUUGGAGGACUUGCCUCCGGAAGUCGAACGUUUGAAGGACAGAAUUGCAGAUCCCGCCGCGGAUAUAGUUAACAUCAAUAAAAGAUUGGACGCCAGUGAACAAGGUAUCGAUAAGCUCACGACGAUAGUACAAGAUGUGAUCAAAGGCGAUGCUGGCGUAGUAACGGCGGACACAUCUUUGAUUAAUGCGAGACUGGAUGAACUCGAGGAUAAAGUCUCCAAGAUGCAGCAAUGGCUUAUCAAUCUGCAAGCAAUUGUCGAUGUUUUAACUGAAGAUACAACCGAGCCAGCUACUGGUAUUGAAGCAGCAGUAAAAGAAGAAGCGGAAGAAGCAACAGUAGCGGCAGCCGCAGAACCAGUAGAAGUCGCAGCAGUCAAGGAUGAGAUCGUACCAAACCAUGAAAAGGAAGAAAAUGCGAAGGAAAUCCCUAAAGUGGCAGCUAAUGAAAUACGCAAAGUGACACCUGAUAAGGUCGCUGCACGAGUGUCACUAAUUAUGAAUGAAACUGCUAUAGCAGAAUUACGCCAAGAUGUUACUACAUUAAAAACGGAUGUAGCUCAUAUACAGCAGGAUCUGCAAAAUCUGAACGAACGAGUUGCGAAGACCGAAAUACCAACAACCGUUAUCGGUGCACCAACGGUAAAAGAAGAGCUUGUUGUUAAAGAACCGAUUAAAGAUAAGGAAAAAAUAGCCGAAGUAACCGAUGCCGCGAACUUGAAGCAAUGCUUGGAAGCUGUGAAAAAUGUAGAAGCAACGCACGGCGAAGCGUUGCAGGAGAUUACGCAACGCGUAGUUUUACUGGAGACGAAAAUUAGACAUUUGUUAGAAAAAGUGGAGAGUAUGCAAGAAGUCGACAAGACAGAUGACGAGGAAAUUAAAAAUCUUGUUGCAAAAGUGCAAGAAAUUGAAAUGGAUAUGGAGAAAAUCGGACAAGCGAUGGGCAAAUUGCUCGAUGAUAAAGAGAAGCAAGAAACGGACAUUAACGCACUACUAGAACAAAUAGAACUUCUAAAAACCGUCAAAGCGAACAAAGAGGAUCUCGAAGAUGCCUUGGCCGACAAAGCGGAUACUCAAACCGUGGAGAGAAAGGUAUCAUAUGAUCAAUUUGAUACUGCCUGCGAUGAUCUCACUCGUGGUUUUGAGGAAGCGAUCGACAAACUGACUAAACAAGAAUCGAUUUGGCAACAAGCGCUUGAUGAAGUGCAGAACGAAAUUUCGACCAAAAUGGACAAAGUCGAGAUGACGCCACUAAAGGAUUUUGUGAACAAUAAAUUAAAGUCGCUUCAAGAAAAGUUGAAGAUUAUGAUUGAAGCGAGACGGGAAAUUGAGGCAGCGGGAACGAAGAAGCUGCUUAGAGACGUUCAAUGUAUAUCGUGCGACAAGGAUGUCGUGAUGAAGACAGAGGAGAUCACUACAUUUCGCGUCGAGCCGUUCCCUUGCACCACCAGCUUGAAACCCUAUCUCACGUACAAGUUGGACCAAGUCAGGAAACAACAGAAAAGAUUGCCUCACGGUAGAAAUAUGAUCCAAUUUGAAGCAGCAAUGCAAGAGGAGACAAAGAAGAUGAAAGCGAAGGAGGAGCUCGCGAAGACUAAAGAUCAUCUCUGCAAUCGGUACUGCGGCGGGAGUCACACGAUCACGACUCCUCAGCAAAGAGUCAUGAGGAUGGGGCACUUCUUUACUCAAUGGGGACCCGAGACGAUACAACUAACGGACGGUUUGAUAAGGGGAAAAGACGGUCAAAUGUAUCGCAGUCGGCCCAUGCGAGAUAAAUCGGACGUUUGCGAGCCAAGCUGUUGGGAGAAUCAGAUUAGCGAGGAAACUGGACGCUCGUGUACUGUUGCACCUUCACAACUCUCUCAGGAAUGUACUUCGACAGCGCAUCGUAAAUCCCUACCGUCUCUCGACGAAAUAACGCUGGAAACAAAAAUCGAAACUCAGGGAAACUCUAAGAAUCGAGAGAACCGAAAGUAUCGGAACCGGAGGCAGUAAUAACGGGUCAAGUAAUACCUUCACAAGAAAAUGACGAUCGUUUGGAUGUCAGAACAAGAUUAUCUUAAACAAAAUUAACGAAGAGCUAAAAAAUAGAAUAACUUAAAUAAAAUAUACAUAGCACAAAGGAAAUUUAUUACAAUUGACAUUAUUGUAUGUCUUCUAAAAAACGAUUUACGCUUUAUACAAUCUUGUGAAAUCUCUUGCACAAAAA